GUGCUAACGGAAAGACUGACAGACCUGGACAGCGCGCCUCCCCUGACGGUGCUGCCCAUCUACUCCCAGCUUCCAGCCGACCUGCAAGCCAAGAUAUUCCAGAGAGCGCCGCCGGGACAGAGGAAGUGCAUCGUCGCUACCAACAUUGCAGAAACUUCGUUGACUGUGGAUGGCAUAAUGUACGUCAUAGACUGCGGUUACUGCAAGCUGAAGGUUUACAAUCCCAGGAUCGGUAUGGACGCGCUGCAGAUCUACCCGGUGAGCCAGGCCAACGCGCGGCAGCGAGCCGGGCGCGCGGGCCGCACCGGGCCCGGCAAGGCCUUCUGCCUCUACACGCAGCGC